GGUCCAUCCAAAAGUUGCGACAGAGAUCAACGCGUCUGGACACGCGCCAACGAACCACCCUUCUUGGAACAGCUUACGCGAUACCGAUUUUCAUCAUCCACGCGACAGUCACGACGACAAAGGAAACCCGCGAAAUCAUCGAGCGAACCACGAACCACGAACCCAUCCGAGUCCGUUUUGGUGCCCCAGCACACCACACCACAGCCAAACAUGGCCUUCAACCCACGAAUGUCCAUCCUACCUCCGCAGCCGCAACAAUCGCGGCAGCGCAAAAAGGAAGAAGAAGCCGCCUAUGCCAACAUGCGCCUGCCCGACCGCGAAAUCGUCGGCUGCAUCAACGAGCUCGGCAUCCCUUUCACGCUGGCCGACCUGCAGAAGCCCAAUCCGAUCCAGGUGCAGAUGAUCUUCGAGUGGUUCGGCGAGCUGCUGAUGAACAAGACGCGUCAGACGGUCGACCCGGCGAUGCGCGCGGCCGCCGAGGAUGUUUGCGGGCCCGAACUGGGUGAGGCCAUGAUGCCUUCGGAUACGCGAAAUCUGCUGGGGUUUUACGUGUCGCUACGCAGGCUGAUGCUGGAUUGCGGAGUGAAUGAUUUCAGCUUCAAUGACCUCUACAAACCGACGCAUGACCGGUUGGUUAGGAUGUUGAGUUAUGUCAUCAACUUUGUCAGGUUUCGCGAGAGCCAGACAAGCGUCAUUGAUGAGCAUUGCAACAAGGCUGAGCAGACAAAGGCGCGCAUCGAGCAGCUGUAUGUUGAGAACCAGGAUAUGGAGGCGCAGUUGGAGGAGAUGAGACACAAUCGUAGGGCAAUGGAAGUGCUGGUUCAGGAGAAGACGGUGCGCAAUGAGGAGCUCAAGAAACGGCUGCUGGAGCUCAGGCGAAGCCAGGAGAAGGUGGCCGCGAGGUUGGAGGAGGCCAAGACCAAGAAGGGCGAGUUGGCGGCAGAGUUGGAGGAAAAGACGGCUACCAAGAUUGCGCUCAAGCAGGAGAGUGCAAAACUCCGGCCUUAUGUGCUCCAGAGCCCGUCGGCGCUGCAGGCUAGUUUGGCGGAGCUGAGCAACACGUUGAACAACGACAAGGCACACAUUGAUGCGCUGGACAGGCGGUCAAGAGCUCUCCAGACGUCAACGGACUCGUUCAGCGUGGUGGCAUCGGACGUGGCAUCAUGCAUCAAGCUGUUAGAAGAGAUCGCGAUCGAGCUGGCCAAGGAAGAAGAGGAGAACGUUAAGAACGCAAGGCAGAGAGACGCGCUUACGGAGCGGGGACACAAUGUUAGGGAGGUGGAGCGUACCGAGGCGCUGCUCAAGAGGCAAUUGGCCAAGUGGGUUGAUCGCACGGCGCAGUUGCGAACGCAGAGCGAGGAGAAGGCGCAAAAGGCCAUGGAGAAGAUGGAGGAGUUGAGGGCGGUGCAUAGGAAGUUGACCGAGGAGAGGUCGGAGAAGGGUAAGGAUAUUGAGAGAAGGAGGGUGAGGAUCGAGCAGACGGAGAAGAAGAUGCUCGACUUGAAAGAGAACAUUGAAAACGAAGUCCACGCUGCCCACGACGAGUACCUCAAGAUGGAGGCACACAUCAAGCUGUACAUUACCGAGAUGGAGCAGGCCAUCUGAGCGAGCGUUUGUUGGUGGAUAUGUUUUAUACCCUUUUGUUCGCACACUUGUUCUUGUUUAACGUACAGUGUACUGCACCGCAUUGGCUCACGGGUAAAGCAUCGAGGUUUUGUUUGGCAUAAGAGGUUUCUGGAGCAUGCAUGGAUACCAUGGAGUGGCGUUUUGGUUUAGUUCCCAGCAGGCUGGAAAGGUUGGGUGUGGUAAUCUUUGCCUUUCAUACCCUUUUAGGAGGCAUCAAAAGUUGUAACACUGAAUGAGACCACGAAUUCUUACGAUUACAAAC